GUUGGCUGAUAGUGUGAUGUAUACAAAGUGGGGAAGUCCGGUGUACUCCGAAAACGGAUCAUUCCUUCCGGAGUUGUCCUAGUGUUGACAAUAUUGGAGCUGAGGGAACUACACACACACAUACAUACACACACCAUUGUGAUUUAGGACCGAAGACGAUAGCGGACUGCUGACUGGUAUGGGGAGAUAUGGCUUUUAACAACACAAACUCACUUGAAGAUUUUGAGAACACCCUGCUUACUGAGGGAGUGAGCAAGUCCACUAUAGAAAGACUUAGGAAAGAGGAAAUCACUGAUUGGUCGACACUCGCCAUUUUGACCUCUGAUGACAUCUCAGAAUUAGGACUUCCGGUUGGCCAGAAAGCCCUGGUGCGUAAUUUGACACAACGAAAGCCUCCCAGCAAGAAUGAAACGAAAGAUCCGCAGCCCUCACGCGGUUCACCAGUCAUGUCCACUGUUACCGACGCAGACCGAGUCGCCUCCUUUUCUGAAACUGCUACAGAAUAUGUGAGACAGAGCGACGUGUCAAGAGCGGAUGAUAUAUACGAUGAUGCCAUGAGUCUUGAUCAACAACGUACAGAGAAUCAAACCCCAACGCAGGCCGAUGAGGUACCACCGGCAAAUCCAUCUAGGUAUCCCAGGGACCCUCCUGUCUCUCAAAAGUCUGAGCAACGAUCAAAGAAAUAUCCUCGGAAACCCCCCGUCCCGUUACCCAAGGAGGAGGAGGACAGCGAUGAUAUUUACGAUGUGCCUGAAGACGAAGAAAUGGACGAUGGGAAUUUGGAUGACGUCUACGACGUCCCUGACGAUACAGACGGCGGUGAUAUCUACGAUGAAUCGUCUUUAGACUCACCUGCACAAAAUCAGCCGGCAGCAAGACCUACCAUCCAGUCUUACCCUAAAGUAAUGACGAAACCUAGUAUGACGUCAGACUCAUCAACCGCGCCGAAAUCAAACGUGAAGACGGAGUCGUCACGUGCGUCAAGAGCACACGGGGCAUCAGAGUCUUCACGUGCCUCGAGGUCACACGGAACGUCAGAGUCGACACGUGCAUCGAGGUCACAAGGAACGUCAGAGUCGACACGUGCAUCGAGGUCACACGGGAUAUCAGAGUCUACACGUGUGGCAAGAUCACAUGGGACGUCAGAGUCGACACGAGCAUCAAGAUCACACGGGACAUCAGAGUCUACACGUGCGGCAAGAUCAAACAUGACCUCAGCGUCGACUAAUGCACCACAACAAAUCAUGACGUCAGAGCCUACCAACACACUUCAGCGAAUGACAGUUCCAGAAGAAUCAAUACAACUACCUAAGGCAGGUGGGACGUCACACAUGUCUAAAUUAUUGACGAUGUCCGAAGAUAUAAAAAAUGCCGCAAAAAAUAUCAUGAAAUUUGAAACAAAACCUGCAGCAAGACCUACGAUUGUAAAGGUAGAUUCUUCACCUAUGACGGGACAAGGUUCUGUACCCGACUCAAGACCUAUGAAAAACAGGCUAUCAGGAGGGUUCGCCUCAGACACAGGGAGUUACAAGCAAGCAACACCGGAAGUACUUCCACCGCGCAUGUCAGGAUCGAUGUCCAAAGGAGUUCACUUCCCUGAAGAGAUGCUAGCACCUGAUCCGGAUGACGAUAUGUAUGAGAAACCCGUGGCAACCGGAGGACAAAAGGUAAUGCCAUUGCGACCAAACUCCAUUCCGGACGAAGAGGCCCCGGAUUUACCAAGCAGACAGAUAAAAAAUAUACCAAGACCACAACCAAGUUUGAUCGAAGGGGAGACAACUCAACACGUCACAAAAAUAGCAGAAGACAACUCCGGUGACCACGAGGUGGAGUUGAAUGUUUCGUGCCUUGAAACAGAAGGGAAGGGGAAAGUUGUCCUAGAGCUUACGACAGCCCACCAAGAUGUGGUGAAGCCACUUCCGGCCAGAAUACUACUACUGGUAGAUACUAGCGGAAGUAUGGGCAUUAAAGUCGGGAGGAGGCGAAGAAGUAAACUUAACCACUUGAAAUCGUUCGUGAUAUCAAUGGUGAAGACUCUAGACGACGGAGAUCAGGCGGCGCUAGUGACUUUUGGAGAAGAUUCAAACGUUCUGUUGCCCAUGUCAGAGAUCAAUCCACGAACGCUGGACACAUUAACCAGUCAACUGGAGGAGUUGGACAAGUCCUUCCUGUCGAAAAAGACAGAUCUAAGUGCUGGUAUACUUACCUCCCUUGACGUAUUUGGCCGGGUCUGUAAAAGCCAAGAUGACCUUCUGGGUUACCGGAACAGCAUCAUCGUCUUUUCGGACGGGGAGAUCAACCUUGGUACACAGGAACCACAGCGAUUGGUGCAUGAAGUUCGCGAGAAGAUCCGUGCGAUGUCGUUCGGCCUUGAUUAUACACAGAACCAGUGGGUGUCCAUUUCCACCGUAGUGACCGGAAGUAACUCCACCGAGAUCAUGCACUCACUGUCGAAAUUCUGUAGCAGCGAUGCUUUCUAUCAACUUGACACCGAAAAGGCAACUUCUCAAGCGGAAGUUGAUUUUUUUCUUCCGGUUAUGAUGCGCAAGACUGCUAUUGCGUGGAAUGUUGCCCUUCAUGUCCAAUCUCUGAACGGUGCGACUAUCGUCAACGCCGAUUGUACUCAAGAGAACAAGGUCAGACUGCGAGGACCUAAAACAACAGACGGCGAAAAAACGCAAAAGGCUUAUUUCUUUUAUGAUAUCCCCGCAGCUUCGGAAAAACACGUGGGGAUCGUAAUUGACCUGUCGAGAGCGAGCCAGAAUCCGGAAGUUAAGGUUUUGACUGCUACUAUAAAUUUCACUGGUAUAUCUGGUAAGCGUCGUACUGUCAUAAAGGACGUAACUCUAGCUGACUUGAUGACGACUGACCUCGCGAAGAAGAAGGAGGCACUAGAAGAUAUCUACAUGCACGAGGCUCGCAUUGUAUCCCAGAUUGCCGUUAGUAAGGCCGCCGAGGAAAUCAAGUCGGGCCGCGCCGAGAAAUCGCGCACGCGCCUUUUGGAGGGACAGUCGGAUCUGCAGCGACUUAUGGAAAGUUACGGCCAGAAGGCAGAGGAGGAAGAGGUACACAUUGAUAUAACCCCUCAUGCGGAGUCUGUUAUCAAGAAUUUGCAAUCCCUGUUAGAUGCCAUCGAGACGGCUACAGGACAGGACGAGGACGUGAACGGUAAAAACUGGAUCCGAAUGAAAGUCGUUUCGUCCGCUAUCACUCGGGAAGCUCCGACAACUUCCGAUACUGUUUCCGACACCGAUAUUCUAUGUCCUCUCCCCAAAAUUCGACAGGUGAGCUCUGAUAACAUCCGGAAACAGAUGGUGCAAGUGUACCGGAAGGAAGGUGUUCGGAACAGCAGUUUCGUGAACAUGGAUCACACUCUGAAUGAACUGUCUCAUAGUUUACGAAUGAGGCCUAUCUCCGAGUAAAAUAUAAUGCAAACUUACCAUGGAGACUAAAAACAUCCGAAUACAUUUUUCUUAAUUUAUUUCGAUCAUUUUUAUUUCGACAAUUUUUCUUUUAAUUAGUCAAUCAGUCAAACAAAUGUUUGAUUUCAAUCGAAAUUAAAUUUUGUCUAAUUUAGCAAUCAAUAAUUUUGAUAUGCUUUGCUUGAAAUGUAAAUGUCGAUUGGUUUUCUUUUUGGAAAUUAAGAAAAUCGGAACAUAUGUCAUUGACCCUGUGUCACCGCCGUAUUAAAUGUCUGUAUGAUAUUAAGGACGAUUUCUUAGAAUUUCUAAUUUCUAUGUAGAUGACCCUGGAAGCAACCAUAAAUUGUCUUUUUUUUAUAUAUAUAUUUGUAGAACCCGAAAAAUAUGCAUUAUAUCGAAUACUCUAUGUCUCGGGUUAUUUUCCUUUGAAACGCUAUUAUACAUUCUGCCAUCAGAUAUUAGUAGAGAAACAGCCCGGAUGAACUUAUAAUUAAUGAGGUUGAUUCCGAGGAUAGUUCGUGCUAUAUCGCUGCAUUUACGUCAGCUUUGGUCACUGUUAAUCUUUCCAAUGUCAGUUAACUUAAUUUUUGUCAAUAUUUAUUUUCAGCAUUCGGUUCUUCAAAUGAGUUUAAUUCAUUCGGUACAGAUAUUGAAUUUCACUUAUUUUAAUGUGCUAACGCCCACUUUUUAUUGAGUUUAGAGUUUGAUAAAGCAAUGCUACAAUACUUCUUUGAACUUCGGGACACACGACAAAAGCCUACCCCUCAGAUAUUACAUUUGACCAAACUAACCAGUAUAUGUUAGACCAGGUUCACUAUGUUUUGAGGGGUGAAUCUUGUUUACAUUAUUAUAGAAUCAGAACUUUGCUGCUAACAUGUAAAUAAAUGAUCGCAAAAUUGAAUCGAUCGACUCAAUUUCAGAAAAAAUGUUAAAACGCUGCGUGGCAAGUAUACAGUUCGGUGGUUACAUUGGAUCAACAGUAUUAUGAACAAUUUAUAAUUGUUGAUGUUAAUGAAAUUGUUUGUACAUAUAUUUUACUAGGUAUAGUGUACCACCUGUCUCAAUCAAACAUUGGAUUUCUAUUUUGGAAAAUCUCCGUUGCCAAUAGACAAUUUAAUCGAAGUAUUCGUAUAUAUCUUUCGCUGUGAAACAUUUGUUCCCAUCUUUAUCUAUGUACAAAUAUUUCUGUCAUUUUUCCUGUAUGAAGGAGGAAAAUAUCCCGAAUAUCGUUAUUUUUUAUUAUUUUGAUAUCAUAUACGUUGGUUCAUAAAUACAUUUGCAGGUCUCACAUUUAUGGAUUGACAAUAUUUUGGUAUUUUUGAUGAUAUAUCUUUUAUUGUUUUAAAGAGAAUUAUGUUAUAUAUAUUUUUUGAAUUUCAUCAAACGCUACAGUAAUUUUGAUUUUGAAUAUUUCUAAUAAUUUUCCUUAAUUUACGUACCAUUGUGUUCUAAAGAAAAAUAGCACUAAACGUAAUGCCAAAAUAUAAACUUUAUUUUUUUACAACAUUUAUGAAACAAGCUAUAUCAACUUAUAUUAAUAACUCUUGUUGGCCCGGAUGUCAGCGCGCGGGGGGUUUUAGUGUGGGAGGAAACCGGAGUACCCGGAAAAAACCAAUGUGGCCGGUACCACUAUUCAAUAUAGUAGUGUUAUUGUUGGAGAUGAAGCUGACUUUUGAAUACCUCUUAAAUCAAGGUGACAUGUCCUUUGUAUAUGGAAGAAGGGUUACACAUGCUGACCUGAUUUUUAUUAUAUAUUACUCAAAUUUGUUUAGAAAAGAACAGGGUAACGAUGUUAAUGGAUCUUUUUUUUAUCAGAUUCAACUUCAAUUCAACAUAUUGUUUAUGAUUUUACUGUCUUGUUAUAUAUCAUGAAUGAAACUAUACAAUAUAUAUGUAUAUGCAAAUACCUUUUGAGAUAAUUUCAAAGCGUAGAAAAGUAAUACACAAACGACAUCAUCGUAAAAUCUCUCCAUAGAUGUCACCUGUAUACGUAUAAGGUCCUCAUGUCUAAGGACAAUAUCUCCAAAUUAUUUUAAUUUUUAAUUUUUAUCUCAUUAUUAUCUUUUUUGUAUCCUAAGAACCCGAAAUACGUGAAAAAAUGGACGCCGUUUUAUGAAAUAUGUACAUAUGUCAGUAUACUACAGUGAAACCUGUUUAUUUCGACCAUUGGGAAUUCCUACCGCUUGUCUAAUCUGACCUAAAAUUAUCCGAUAUCCUGCUAUAAAUAUUUCGACAUUUUUUAAUCAGAUAUCUAUGUUUGAGGAGAUCCUGUCUAAUCUAGGCACUGAGUAUUUCGACAACAUGUCUCAUACCGGCCCUGUGUAUGGCGAUGUUCCAUCUUAAUAAUCCAAUGAAAAAAAGUCCCCAUUGAAUGUUUCAGAUUGGCCAGGUGAUUUUUCCUGUCAUUUCACUCCACAGAGUGUCGGAUAAGACAGUUUUAUUUGAUCAAUAGUUGUGCUGCAUAUAGUGUCAUAUUAUACAUGUAUAUCUGACCAAUCUUUUGUGUCCAACAAAUUGUCGGAUUGGACAGUUUUGACUGUAAUUUUAUUAUUGUAUUUCUAUUUUCUAUUUUAUUUAUGUGCCAUAUUCUGUAUUAAUAUUCUACUGUCUGGAAAGAAAACAAGAGAUAAUUGUAUCCUUUUUGUUGAAAAUUAUCACAUUAAAAACUGAUAGUAAGAUGAGACCUGGA